AUGGGUGGUGAGACGGACGCACCCGGUGCCUGUCUUCGCGGCGAAUUCUGGAUCGGAUUCCAGUACCCAGGCGACAAGAGAGCCUGGUCCAGCUGGGAGAUCACCGCUACUCUGUCCGAGAAGGAGAUGGAAGUCAGGGGCGGUCGACGCGCUCACUUCGUGGCCCGGAUGACCAAAAUGGACCCGUCAUUCGUCGCCACAUUAUACUCGGACGGCACAGAGCAGACCUGCGCCGUGAAAUUCGCCGUGACGGUCACGAACUCCCACGUGAGCCAAGCGGUCGACCAGCCAGACACAGAGCUCAAUCACGACUUGUUCGAUCCCCGUCUCCGGAACUACACCGAUCCCGAAUUCCAUCACAUGGUCCAUAUUGCUUCUCAGCUUCAGCGCAAGCAGACGGUUUCUACGCGCUGCCCGGCCUACCAUGAACACCUGAUGCUGCGGCUCGAGGACCUGGUGCCGGAGGACUUUCGCCGACUGCGCGCCGCCGACCAGCUCGGCAAGGCUGCUUGCGCUCCCAACUAUGACGAGCUCCUCGACAUAUCCAAGGGGGUGUGUGGCCUGGUCACCUUCCUCCGAAUGGACGAGGUGCCGCCGCGAGCCCCGGAGCGCCCAGACAAAGAGCUGAAAGAGCGUCGGUUGCCGCCACUGCCUAGCCCACCACAGCUGGAAACAUUGAAAAAAGCCGAGCGAAGGCUACUGAAGUCGAAGUUUAGGGACACCUUGUGUAGGCUUCGCCGACUCAACCUCAUCCACCGGAACCCGAGUCCCGAGCACCUGGUUUGGUUGUCGAAACAGAAGACAGGGCCAGACGGCAGUCCACAAAAUAUGCUGUUCGACUUCUGGAUCCUGGGGCUCCGCCACAUGGACGAGUUCCAGCCCGGUCGCGAUCCCGAUCCUUUGCUCUUCAAUCGCCAGCAGUGGAAUGAUCACCUCCGCGCCUCGGGCCUCCUGGCCCCCGUGGCUCCGAAACAGAAUCAGAACAGUGACGAUGACAUAUUCGCGGAGUGGGUUGAGCCUGGUGAUUAUUACCCGAAUAUGGAUUGGGUUGAGGGAGAGGAAGACUAG